AUGGCUCCCGACGCUCCAGAUUCUGAAGAAUAUCCAGAAGUCUGCAGGGAGAUAGAAAUCAAAUAUUCAGCAUAUAUAAAGAGGUUGGGAGGAACUCUUCUUGAAUUACUAUCAGAAGCUCGUGGACUCGAGCGUAAUCAUCUGACUGAAAUUGGCAAGUUCCAGAUAUCUGAGCACAGGGUGCAGGCUAAUCACAUCGGUCCAAGAAUAUCAGUUGCGAGCUUCUUCGCACUCUAUGACUGGAUUUGUGCCCCGUUAAAAGAGCUGAUAUCAGAUGAAAAUCCUCUGUACAAGGAGGUUCCGCUGAAAGACUACAUUGUUCAAUACAGGUGGAAAGAACGUGAUGGUGGCAUCUCUACACUUGAUCGUUUCAGGUUGUGA